AUGGCCGCUGAAGUGCUGAGCACAUCUCUGAUGCAACUGUUUGUGGAAGCAAAGCCAACACGGCCGAGUUUCACGUCAGCUUCAGCUACCGCAGCCGACGUGUCUGACGCUGACACUCCCGAAUCCAUCGCAACACCAUCGCGCACUUCUCGCAAGAGAGCGCGUGCCAACGACGCUCCUACUUCCAAUGGCCGCGCAGCCACGCGCCGCAAGGUCACGACUGCUCGCGCCAACGAACGAGAAGACACCGAGGGCACCGAGGCCAACGAACAAUCCGAUGCCGAAACUGAGCCGUCGACACCCUCCGAGGUCGAUGUUAUUUCCAAGCUCAAGAUCUCGGACAAGCAGGUGAAUGCGACGCACGACUUCUCCAACGACCUGCUCGAGGGCAGGGAGCACGUGCCUGGAUAUGGCAAGAUCGCUGGUCGCAACUGGACCUACAUCAUCCAAGGCGUCGAGAUCAACAUCGGCCGCCCCGAGUCUCACGAAAAGGCCGAAUCUCUCAACUCGCCCAUCGUCCCGUCAAACGACCCCUCGGCCAAGUCUAGAAUCUCCAUCGAUCUCGGCCCCGACAGACAGGUGUCGCGUCUGCACGCCGUCAUCUCCUACGACAGCGAACAGGAGAAAUGGUUCAUCACAGUCAACGGCCGCAACGGUCUAAGAGUUGACACGCAGCUGCUCAAGCGUGGUAACCGCGCUGCUUUGCGCUCUGGAUGUGUUAUCGACAUCAGCGGUACCCAGAUGGCCUUUAUCACCACUGCUCGUCACGAGGAUGACGGCCCCGUCUUUGCCGACGCUAUUGUUCGCCAGACUUACACAUCCGAAGAGGAAGACCACGAAGCCGAUGGCCGUAACGGCAACCCUCCACCAAACCCAUCAUCCCACAUGCCUGGUCCUUCUUCAUCAGUGCGCCGUCCUGCCCAUCCUUCGUCCAGCUUCCCCGACGGCAGCACCGGCCACCGUGUGCAUCCCCACUCAUACGCAGGCCUGCAAUCCCAGUCUUUCCCCAUACCAGGCACACCCAUUCGCAAUCACGGCAUGAGCAUUCCCACCUCGCAACGUACCCGUCCAUCUCCUCUUUCUAUUGGAGGCUAUUCUCGUGGUGUAAUGCUCGAGUCUACCGAGUCCAUCGACUACUCUGCAGACAACGCCAAAGACCUCAAGCCCCCACACUCGUAUGCUCAGUUGAUUGGUAUGGCCAUCUUGUCUACCACCGAACAGCAGAUGACUCUCAACAACAUCUACAAAUGGAUCAUGGCAAAUUAUGCCUUCUACAGGUACAGUACCAGUGGCUGGCAAAACUCGAUUCGUCACAACCUCAGUCUCAACAAGGCCUUCGAGAAGAUCGCCCGUCGCACUGACGAGCCCGGUAAGGGCAUGAAGUGGAUGAUUGCCCCUAAGGAGCGCGACACUUUCCUCAGCCAGGGCAUGAAGGGUUGCCGCAGACCCAACCCUCUGCCUUCUGGCAUGAUUGACCCUUCGAGUCCUGCUCAGCUGCACCCUCCGUCUUCCGCUCACCAAAGACUCAACGGUGCUGUCCACACUGUUCCUAGUAAGACUGAGAAGAGCGACAGCCCUCCGAUGCACACCUACCCGUCUUCAUAUCCCACCGCGACUGAGGCCUACACUCCUGACCGAGGCUCUCGUCGUCCUGUCAAGUUCGACGAAAACGAUCCAGAGCUUGUCUAUCCUCCAUCGGCAAAGAGCACUCUCAACCAUCUGACUGCUGCUGCAAAUGCUGCUGGAUCCCCGCCUUCGCUCUACAUCAACGAUGAUGGCCGCAUCGGUCUUGACACCCCUUUCCCUGUACGCAGCAGCCAGAAGUUGGUGCCUCCUUCGACGCUUCAACGUCCCUCAGCGUUUAUGGAGUUCUCGUCACCUGCUCCAUUCUGGAAAUUCGGGUCAACUCCUCUACGUCCACUUGGAGACAUCAGCCCCUUGAAGGCAACUCCCUUCUCGUCAUUCAAGCCGCUAGGAAUCGGAGCCAAUGUUAAGAUCCUUGACGAAGAUUACAAGACUGCUCUUGACAAGAAGAGCAUUGUGGAUGAGAAGGACGAUGACAUGCCUGCAAUCCAAUCCAGCUCACCUCCGCGUGCAUCAGGUGUCCCUGAUCGUAUUGAUGGCAGCCCUACUCGCAGCAUUCCCAGACCUGCAACAAGCCACAGCCGCUCAGCCAAGCUCGAGUUCGACUCGGACGAGCACAUCGCCGCCAGCAUGCCUCCUGAGAGCAACGAAAGAACGUCUUUCGAGCGUGAGGCUUCGCAAAAGAGAGAACAAAGUAUCAUGAUAAAUCCCUCGUUCAAUGCCCCUCAGCUGCAGCCUCCUCAGCAGCAACAACCAGAACCCGAGCAGCGACAAGAAAGCCAGUCAGGUCAGCAGGAGCAGACGCAGGCUCAGACACAACAGCAACGCGAGCAGUCGAGUAUGCCUGCACCCAACUCGAUGCGUCCUCCCAUGCAGGCCUUGGGUAAUGGCAACAAUCAGCAGCAGGCAGCGGCUGCCCCCAACACCAGCAACAUCCUCAACAGCCACGCUUAUGCAACGAACAACAUGAACGGUAUGCAACAGAACAUGGGAUCUCUACGUUAUGGCGCGGAUACAGAUGAUGAAGCCGGCAUUGAUCUUGCGAAGGGCUUCCAACCUAUCGGAACAUUCCACAAGAUUGGAGCAGCUAGAUUCGGUAUGGGAAUGGCAGGGCGUUAG